AUGUCACUGCUCAGCGAAGCUCUUUCCCUUAGCAAUUGCGAGGCCCAUCGUGAAUACACUUUUGUGGUGGAGGACGUCCCGUACAAGAAACUGUGCAGCUCCAAGAGGAUUAUGACCGUGAAUGGUAAAUUUCCUGGGCCGACCUUGAGAGUUCACAAAGGAGAAACUAUUUUCGUGAACGUUAUUAACCGAGCAAGCGACAAUGUCACUCUUCACUGGCAUGGGGUAGGACAGCCGAGGAAUCCGUGGUCGGACGGACCGGAGUACAUAACUCAGUGUCCGAUCAAACCCGGGACGAGUUUUACGUACAAAGUGAUAUUCUCCACAGAAGAAGGGACGGUUUGGUGGCACGCUCACAACUCUUGGUCACGCGCCACCGUCCACGGCGCUAUCUUUGUAUAUCCCUCCCCGGGAAAACCCCUCCCUUUCCCCAAACCCCACCAUGAAGUCCCCAUCGUCUUAGGGGAGUGGUGGAAGAAAGAUGUGAGAGAAGUGGUCGAGCUGUUCACGAGUACAGGAGGAGCACCAAACGAUUCCGAUGCUCUCACCAUCAAUGGACAUCCCGGCUUCUUGUAUCCUUGCUCCGAUUCUGGUAUCUCCUCUCUCUCUCUAUAUAUAUGUAUGUAUUCUCUCCUACGGAUGGUAAAUGCAGCAAUGAACAUAAUCCUCUUCUUCGCAAUCAAAGACCACAACCUCACAGUGGUCGGGGCCGACGGCCAUUACACCAAACCCAUGAACGCAUCUUACAUCGUCAUAUCCCCCGGCCAAACCCUAGACGUCUUACUAAACGCCGAUCAGAACCCCAAACGCAAUUAUUACAUGGCCGCCAGGGCUUACUCCACCGGCGUUAACGUCAGCUUCACCAACUCCACAACCGCUGGAAUCCUGCGUUACCACCACCCUCGAAAACCCUCUCUCUCGAAUCCUCCUGACCUUCCUUAUCUUCCAUUUUACAACGACACAAACGCUACUUUCGAGUUUCUUGGCAACAUCAGGAGCCUAAACUCGGACGAUCACCCGUCAAGUGUUCCCCAAAACAUAUCGCGUAAGAUAAUCUCGACGAUAUCGCUAAACCUUUUCCAGUGCCCCGCAAACUCGUCGUGCGAGGGUCCCAACGGGUCGAGAUUAGCGGCAAGCUUGAACAACAUCACGUUCGUCACACCCAACAAUAUUGACAUACUACGAGCUUACUAUUACCACAUCACCGGCGUUUUCGGAACGAUGUUUCCGACGUUUCCACCGUUGGUUUUCAACUUCACGGCACAAGAUCUUCCUCUCUUCUUGGAGACGUCGAGGCUGGCGACUGAGGUGGUACCUCUGGAUUUCGCCGAAGAGGUUGAGAUUGUGUUUCAGGGCACGAACUUGGUCGCCGGAAUCGAUCACCCCAUGCAUCUGCAUGGCUUCAGCUUCUACAUUGUCGGCUACGGGUUCGGAAACUACGAUGAACGUACGGAUCCUUCCAACUACAAUCUCAUCGAUCCUCCGUAUAGGAACACGGUUACGGUGCCCAAGAACGGAUGGCUCGCUGUCAGAUUCAAAGUCGAUAAUCCCGGAGUGUGGUUCAUGCACUGUCAUUUGGACAGGCAUCAAACGUGGGGGAUGGAGACUGUCUUCAUCGUUGCGAAUGGAAAGCUCCCAAACGAAACGUUACUGCCUCCACCGCCUCACAUGCCAACUUGUUAAUUUGUUGCUUACUAUACUAUAUAUAUAUAGUACUACAUGUUUAUGAUUUCGUGUUCCUACUAUAUUGUAACUAAUAUGUCGAUACACAUUGUUCUAUACUUGUUAUGCUACAAUAAUAUUAUA